GAGAGCCGUUGCAUACAGAUGAGUCGGCAGCCAGUCUGAGCUGACCCACAGACUCAUAAAAACGAACAGGGCUCCGGGCCCCAUCACCUGGGCCAUCCAAAUUCUUGAACCAAAGGUGCAAGGACUCGCUCACAUCAAGGACCCGGCUGCUUUCUCCGGGACCAAGAAACUGAGCUUUUGUCUCUGUGUUCACGCUGGCAAUCCAUGAGGUUUAAUAGAUUACAUUGGGAAAUUAGGCCUGUGAAAACGCAGGCAGUCAGCUCAGACGGGCAUCAGUCAGCAGCAGAGCUGGAAUUCAAGUCUGACUCCAGACCACGUGUUUCAAGGCCAGAGGCUCCGGGGAGCCUGCACACGCUCUGCAGGUCAGGUGUUGACAGAAAGAAUGUUCAAACAUCUUCAGAAAUGGUUUGUCGCUCACUUUCUUGGGCGUCCUGUGCAAAGAGCAAGGCUGGUCUCCAAAGAUGGAAGGUGUAACAUCGAAUUUGGCAACGUAGAGGCACAGUCGAGGCUGAUAUUCUUUGUGGACAUCUGGACGACUGUGCUGGACCUCAAGUGGAGAUACAAAAUGACCAUCUUCAUCACAGCCUUCUUGGGGAGCUGGUUUUUCUUUGGCCUCCUGUGGUAUGCGGUCGCCUACAUUCACAAAGAUCUCCCUGAGUUCCAUCCUUCCGCCAACCACACCCCUUGCGUGGAGCACAUUAAUGGUCUGACCUCAGCUUUUCUGUUUUCUCUGGAAACGCAAGUGACCAUUGGCUAUGGAUUCAGGUGUGUGACGGAACAGUGUGGCACUGCCAUUUUUCUGCUUAUCUUCCAGUCUAUCCUUGGAGUCAUCAUCAAUUCUUUCAUGUGUGGUGCCAUUUUAGCCAAGAUCUCCCGACCCAAAAAACGCGCCAAGACCAUUACUUUCAGCAAGAAUGCAGUGAUCAGUAAGCGGGGUGGGAAGCUCUGUCUCUUGAUCCGAGUGGCUAACCUUCGGAAGAGGCUCCUUAUUGGCAGUCACAUAUACGGAAAGCUUCUGAAGACCACCAUCACUCCUGAAGGAGAGACCAUCAUUUUGGACCAGAUCAAUAUCAACUUUGUGGUUGACGCAGGGAAUGAAAACUUAUUUUUCAUCUCCCCGCUGACAAUUUACCAUGUCAUUGACCACGCUAGCCCCUUCUUCCACAUGGCAGCAGAAACCCUUCCCCAGCAGGACUUUGAAUUAGUGGUGUUUUUAGACGGCACGGUGGAAUCAACCAGUGCUACCUGCCAAGUCCGGACAUCCUACAUCCCAGAAGAGGUGCUCUGGGGCUAUCGUUUUGCUCCCAUAGUGUCCAAGACCAAGGAAGGGAAAUACCGAGUAGAUUUCCAUAACUUUAGCAAAACAGUGGAAGUGGAGACGCCUCACUGUGCCAUGUGCCUUUAUAAUGAGAAAGAUGCUCAAGCCAGGAUGAAGAGAGGCUAUGACAACCCCAACUUCAUCUUGUCCGAAGUCAGCGAAACAGACGACACCAAAAUGUAACAGUGGGUUUUCAACAUGAGUAAAGCAAAAUCUCGAAGAUACCUAGUAACUAGAAACGUUAUGGAGCAAUCAAGAAUUUGAGGGUGUGACAGUGGGACAAGAGCCUUUAAAAUCUCCCCGCGCAAUGUCCCUGAACCCCAUAACCAUGAUCCUACAAGACACGUAGCUCUACAAGGCAACUGCAUGAGAACAUGCAAUGGGUUUAUAGGAAACUGGAAUAUGGGAGACAUAGGAGCUCACAUAAAAUCUUGAACAGGAUUAUUUGAAAUCAUGCAGUGUUGAUGGGAACAGACAAAAAUCAUUGAAAGCCUCAUGGACAGACCAAAUGAGAUCUUUUUUAAGAGUCUUCCCAAAGAAGAUAUAAGCUUUAGAUAGG